CACUGACAUCCCCAGCUGCUUCAUUCAUCCUCUAAACACAGCUGACAGAUACUUUAAUAUCCACUGGGCUGUCGAACCAUCAACCAUACGCGCAAGCUUCAUACGGAUUACUAUUUUGUAUGUCUGGAUCGGAUUGACGGACAUAAAAUGGAUUCAUUGGACGCUCUUCCAUCUGCAGAUUAUGCAUCUCUGAUAACUUUAUCUCCCCCAAACGAUGCAUCUGAACCAAAGAAGACCGAUGCCUCCGACGAAAAGGAAGCUGCCAGAAAAUACGAUCAAGAACAUAUCUAUGCUCAAGUUGCACAAAUAACUCCAUGCCCAGAAAUUAAACGUCUACCUCCACCAUCCAAAGACCAUCGGAAACGCGAUUCAAGCGAGAAAAAAGUUUUGUUGCACAACACUUAUGUCCUCAGAAAUCCGUCUGUUAACCUGAUCCAUGCAAAUAGUACUCCAGACGUCAAUAAAUCAAGCUCAAACAUACCCAACUUGUGUCCAAACAAUUAUGGGUCACUUAAUGUUACCAAAUUGGAGAGCAAUAAAAAAAUUAUCCUUCAAAAAUCGGAAACGACGAUUGAUCCUUCUGUUUUUUCCAUAAGUGGCCGGCGGGUGGUUGUAUCCAGUGGAUUUAAAGUAAACGGUGUAAAAAAGAAUGAAAAUGUUCCGAAAGAACUGGAUGCCGUUUCAAACCAUUCUGAAGGAAGUGCUAGUCUUUGGUCACAAAGUCCUUCAACUGACAGCCAAAUCGAGCUGAAACGCCACAAACUUCAAUUCUGUACAGAAUGCUGCUCAUUAUGCCUGUUUGUUCCGGGAACUGUCCUUUGCGUUCUGGGUCCUUGGCUAUUUGUGCCUAUAUAUAUAAUCCCAAACUUUUCAGGGAGCCACUUCCAAACGCUAAUUCUGAUUACCUGCAUAUGCUCGGCAAUCCUUGUUUUCAUGAGCUGCCUGAUUGGUAACGUCGUCUGGUACAGAAAGGGGAAAGACUGGAAGUGUCUUCUUCAUUGCGGGAAAGGACCUAAAAACCAUUAUUGGGGUGACAGUUUAACGUCAAGAGCUUUACACACUGUCUAA